UCACGUGCGAUGCACACUGCAUAAAAGGCCUUUGUCAUCUAAUAAUCUCCUCUCUUCUUUUGCUGACCUCUCUCGCUCCCUCCGGUUCGCUCCUCUGCCAUUCCGGCCGAUUCCAGGUGGUAUCUGUAAUAAAGAAGGAUAUGUCACUCAUUGCCACUGUUUCCAGUCCAAUUGCAUCACCAUGUCUUGUACAAUCACAAGACCGGUAUUUGAAGCCACAAAAGAACGUCCAAGCUCCAGUUCGAGUAAAGCCUCUUUGCUUGCAGUUUCAUUCACUUGAAAGGCAAAGAAUCAUUACUCAUUCUUCCAGAGUUAAACGUGCUUCUGUGAUAUGUGCUGCUGCUCUGAGUGCCACCUGUGCUUCAGAACAAACGCAAACUGUGACUCGCCAGUCAUCUACCAUAACAGUUGCACCCAUCCAAGGAAAAGAAAAGUCUCCAGAUCUAGAUGAUGGUGGAGAUGGAUUUCCACCCCGUGAUGAUGGUGAUGGCGGCGGCGGGGGUGGUGGUGGUGGCGGAAACUGGUCCGGUGGGUUCUUCUUCUUUGGCUUCCUUGCUUUUCUGGGUUUUUUGAAAGAUCAAGAGAGUGAAGGGACCUACAGAGAUGAAAGGAGAAGAUGAGAGAUAUUAUGUGUUCCGUGAUGCUAUAUCGCUUCCUCUUUACCUUUUACACUUUUGGUUAUUGGAUGAUCUAUGUCUUGCUCUAUACUCUCUGGGUGCUUUAGUAGGAUAUAGAAUGUAGCUGUGGAAUUUCUGGUGACAAAAAAUGUACCGUGCACUAAUUAUAGUCUUCUUCAGCUUGAAUUGAAAGUUGAGAGAGAAGUAAUAUGAUCCAUUGCAAUUAUUUUGUCGAUGA